AUGAAAUUAAUAAUAUCUCUAUUAUUAUUAUCUUGCACAAUGAUUGGAUUGGUAUAUUCACAGAGUUGUCCAUUUAAAGCCGAUAAAUCUGGAUCUGCCUCUGCCACUUGGUAUACAGCCGUUUCAAAUGGAAAUUGUGGUUAUAAAGAUUUGUUUGGUCCAACCGGUCCAGGAACAGAUAAUAUUGUUGCUCUUAAUACUAAAUUUUUUAAUGGAACUUAUCAAUGUGGUCAAUGCUAUAGAUUGUUUUUAGAAUCCAAGUCACUUGAUGUAAUUGUCACUGAUCAAUGUCCAGAUGCAGGUUGGUGUGACAGUGACAAGAACCAUUUCGAUAUGAACCAAAAAGCAUUUUACAAGUUGUGGACUACCACUGGUACCAUCACUAGUGGUUUGACCUUUACAAAGAUUCCAUGUCCUGUCAAUGGUAAUAUAAAGAUUCAAACAAAAGAUGGUUCUCAUCAAUUCUGGGCUGCCUUUUUAGUUUUUAAUCAUAGAGUUGGAGUAGAUUCUGUUGAAUUGUACCAAGGUAGCGGAUGGGUGAAACUUGAACGUACUACAUUUAAUUAUUUUGUUGCUCCGUUUCCAAUUACUCCACCAUACAAGUUGAAAAUUAAUUCUAUCCUCGGGGAAUCAAUUGAAGCAACUAUGAAUGGACAAAUUGUUGCCGAACAAAUUAAUGAUUCUGGAUUACAAUUUAACAAGUUGUUUGAUUGUGGAAGUGGUGGACAACAAACUCAACCACCAACCCAGCCACCUACCCAACCACCAACGCAACCACCUACCAAGCCACCAACCCAGCCACCAACCCAGCCACCUACUCAGCCACCUACCCAACCACCAACCCAGCCACCUACCCAGCCACCAACCCAACCACCAACCCAACCACCAACUCAACCACCUACUCAGCCACCUACCCAGCCACCAACGCAGCCACCUACCCAACCACCAACUCAGCCACCUACCAAAGCUCCGUAUCAAAGUGGACCACCCAAACCAUGUCCAAAUGGAGCAAUCGCCAAAGAUACAGGAGUUAUGAGUGGAUGGUCAGUUGCAUGUGUUGAUGGUUCAGUAUCAUCUGCCAACGGGCUCUCAAUGUCAUUUAGAAAGAUUAAUUCCUAUUGUACAGUAAGUGGCUACCAUCUCUUAUCAAUCAUUACAUUGCCAAUAUUGGCAAUCAUCAUUCCUGUCUUUUAA